CCUUCAUUGUCUGAGCACGGGCACCGGGAGUGGAUCCACCGCUCGGUUCAGUGUAAUCCCGUCUCUUCCCCGGCUCACUCACUCAGUCGUCCGCCAUGGCGACCGCAGAAAGCCUCUCCAGCAGUCCGAGCUGCGCAUAGAACUCAUCCGGGGCUUCUUUUACAGUCCGUACCGCUGGACGUGGAUGUGAAACUCUCUCAUUUCAGCUGGGAUAUACAUAACGCGUGGACAAGCCUGCAUUUCCAGAGAAGGGGCUGGGCAGUGAGCAUUGCAGCACAUAAUGGCAGAGCAAGACCCCGUGCCAGUGGCCCAAGGAGCAGGGCAGCGUCUUGGAGCCCCUGAGACUCUUGGCAUCAGUACACUGGACCCUGGACACAGACCCCCGGCCAUGCCCCCUGGACGACAUGUCACCAUAAGGGUCCGUAUGUUGGACGACACAGAGGAGCUUUUCGACAUCUCGCAAAAAGCUUCAGGCAAGAUGCUGUUUGACCUGGUGUGCUCUCACAUGAACCUCAUCGAGGGUGACUACUUUGGCCUGGAGUUUCAGAACCAUCAAAAGAUGAUAGUUUGGUUGGACCAUAUCAAACCCAUUAUCAAGCAGCUCCGACGGCCAAAGCAUACCAUCCUGAGGUUUGCCGUGAAGUUCUUCCCUCCAGAUCAUGCCCAGCUCCUGGAGGAACUAACAAGGUACCUGUUCGCCCUCCAGAUCAAACAGGACAUUUCCUGUGGGCGUCUGACCUGCAAUGACAGCAGCGCCGCACUGAUGGUCUCCCACAUCAUCCAGUCUGAGAUUGGAGACUUUGAAGAGAGCUACUGCCGGUCACACCUCCUCAACAACACUUACAUCCCUGAUCAGAUGCCCCUGAUUGACAAGAUCAUGGAGUUCCACUCAAAGAACAUAGGUCAAACACCAGCUGAAUCAGACUAUCAGUUAUUAGAAGUGGCACGCAGGCUGGAGAUGUACGGGAUUCGCCUCCACCCAGCCAAGGAUCGUGAAGGCACGAGGUUAAGCUUAGCCGUGGCACAUACGGGUGUCCUGGUGUUUCAGGGCCACACGCGGAUUAACGCCUUUAACUGGUCAAAAGUGCGUAAACUGAGCUUCAAAAGGAAACGUUUCCUUAUAAAGCUGAGACCAGAUCUCAAUAGUUCAUAUCAGGACACUCUGGAGUUUCUGAUGGCCAGCAGAGACUGCUGUAAAGUUUUCUGGAAGAUCUGUGUUGAAUACCACGCCUUCUUCCGCCUCUUUGAGGAGCCCAAGCCCAAGCCAAAGCCUGUGCUCUUCACCCGAGGCUCCUCCUUCAGAUUCAGCGGCCGCACACAGAAGCAGGUGAUUGAUUAUGUGAGGGAGUCUGAGUUUAAGAAGAUCCCCUUUGAAAGGAAACACAGCCGGGUCCAACAUAACAGUCGGGUUCAACACAACAGCCGCCUGUCGCCAUUGCCUUCUCCUCGCCACCAUGAAGUGCCAACAGAACAUGGUGCUCCCAGGGUAGACUCUCCUCAUCGGCGUCACUGGACAGAGUCAGCGUUGGUAAGCGCGGAGGAUCCCUCGGCUUCACGGACUCCAAGGUUUAGCCCGGUUCACCAGAGAAACGGCCACGAUGACAGAGACAGACGGGGCUCUGCGUCCAGGACGGAGGAGAGAAGAGGCUCAACAAGACAGACUCAGCCGGAUCAACUGAGCACAGCAGGAGUGGUAGCAAACAGCCCUCGCCUCUCUGCGUCCUCGGGUCACUCCCACGGGAUGGUCAACGGUCAGAAGUCGCUCGAGCUGUGCAGCCACAGUCCAGACGGCCGCCAGCCUUCCCCUCUGACAAGCCCGCUGCUCAACGAUGCCGGCAGCGUUCGCACGGAUGAUGAAGACGAGGUUCGGAGGAAGAGGUUUCCCACAGACCGGGCCUACUUCAUCGCCAAGGAGCUGCUGACCACGGAGAGGACUUACGUGAAGGACUUGGAGGUGGUCACUGUGUCUUUUCAGAGCGCUGUGGGACAGGAUGAAGCGACUCCAGACUCCUUAAAGAACACCGUCCUGUCCACGUUUGAGCCGCUGCAUAAGUUCCACACAGGUUUUCUCAGGGAGGUGGAGCAGAGGCUCGCACUGUGGGAAGGACGUUCUAAUGCUCACAUAAAAGGAGACUACCAGCGCAUUGGAGAUGUCAUGCUGAAGAACCUACAAGGAUUAAAGCCACUCUCUGCAAACCUUCACAAGCAGUCAGAAAUUCUGCUGGAGCUAGAGAAAGCAUGCAGGGCGUCGCGCAAGCUGGAGAGUCUGUGCAGGGACUUUGAGCUGCAGAAGGUGUGCUACGUCCCCCUCAAUGUCUUCAUCCUGCGGCCCCUGCACCGCCUCAUCCACUACAAGCAGAUCCUGGAGCGCCUGUGCAAACACUACCCAGCUACUCAUGUGGACUUCAGGGACUGCAGAGCUGCUCUGGCAGAUGUGUCUGAGGUGGUGGAGCAGCUCCAGGGAAGUCUAAUCAAGAUGGAGAACUUCCAGAAGCUUCUGGAGCUGAAGAAGGAUUUGAUUGGCGUUGACAAUCUUGUUGUCCCUGGUCGGGAGUUCAUCAGGUUAGGCUGCCUCAGCAAACUCUCUGGAAAAGGCCUACAGCAACGAAUGUUUUUCCUGUUCAGCGACGUCAUUUUGUACACGAGUCGAGGGAUGACGGCAACCAAUCAGUUCAAAGUGCACGGCCAGCUGCCCCUGCAUGGCAUGACAAUCAGAGAGAGUGAGGAUGAGUGGGGUGUACCGCACGCCUUCACUUUGGUUUCAGAGCGGCAGUCGGUGGUGGUGGCAGCGAGUUCAUUGAAAGAGAUGGAGAAGUGGAUGGAGGACAUAAAGGCAGCGAUAGAGACAGCAAAAACCAGCAAUGGGCCUUCAUCUGAUGUUCUCACAAGCAGUCUGACAGACGGCAAUAAAUGCCCUGAGGACUCCUCGGUGGAUGCAGAGUCCGAGGACGAUGUAACAGCAACGCACGCCUCCCCGGACAAGCCGGCGCCUCACCGUGGUAACACCAUGGUGCACGUGUGCUGGCACAGGAACACCAGUGUGUCCAUGGUGGACUUUAGCAUAGCUGUGGAGAAUCAGCUGUCUGGAAAUUUACUGAGAAAGUUCAAGAACAGCAACGGCUGGCAGAAACUCUGGGUGGUCUUCACCAACUUUAGCCUGUUCUUCUACAAGUCUCACCAGGAUGACUAUCCACUUGCCAGCCUCCCUUUGCUGGGUUACUCCGUCACCAUCCCUGCAGAGUCUGAAAAUAUCCACAAAGACUACGUCUUCAAACUGCAUUUCAAGUCCCACGUCUAUUAUUUCAGAUCUGAGAGUGAAUACACAUUUGAGAGGUGGAUGGAGGUCAUCCGCAGUGCUACAAUCCCCUCCGGUGGUGCUCGUUUCCUAAACAACAAAGAGUCCCACCCUCACUGAUCGACUCACCUUGUUUCUACACAGCGCCCCCAUCGGGUGGCUCUUACCUGCCCUUCUUGUCCUGCGAGACUCUUUGCUUUUCUUUUUCUACACAUAUCUGGGACAUUUGUACACGUGUCCAUGCACAUUUGGUGCUUUUUAAUGCUUUAAUGGUGACAUGUCCGCUGGUUUAGACUGCAUCAGAGACUGCAUUUUUUGGCAUUUCUACUCUCAACUCUGAAACCUCUUUUUUAAGGAUGUCAUUUUAUACUGUUUUGUAAUGGUCUGAACCACUUCCUAUCUUUCUGGUUUUACAUGUUGUUAUUGGUUGUUUUUACAGCAGGUACAUGUUAUUGUAGAUACCCAGAUUUCUCUCUUAGAUACUUUAACUAUCACUUCACUGUCAUCAUCAACUUUUUCUUUGUAUUGAAAACUGCUGCUUUGAAAAUGUCUUGCAACUUCAGUGCCAAACUAGUUUAUAUCAACGUCCUGGACUUUUUAAAACUAUUUUGUUACAUCGAGGAGCAUCUCCUGUACUGUAAAAAAAUAUAUUAUAAAAUCAUGUUAAACAGGCCACCCUUUAACAGUAGUGUUCAGUUCAACCUGGCCCAGCACAAUGUGUUCUUAAAAAAGAGGUGUUUAAAAUCUGAAAUUAUUUUGCUGUAUUAUUGACAUAACCUAAGAUGAAUCACAAUGUGGCCAGGGUUUCAUAGUUUAAUGCCAUUUCAAGUAAAUACUCUGUUGUAAGAAUGUGUUUUAGACCUUUUUUUAAUUAUUAUACACUAAAGUCCCCGUGCAGCUGUAAGACAAGCAAGAGACGUGUUCAUAAUCUCUGUAUUAUGAAGCAAAGUGGAAAGCUUUAAAAGAAGACGUGUGAAACAAAAGAGAAACUUUCAGUUCCAAGCACCGCUCACUGAACUCAGCUGCCUCCUGUACACAAAUACCAGAUUCUUUCUAUGGGUCUACAUUUAAAGAAAUAUGCAUUUUUACGGGGUUUAGCAGUGAAGGAAGUUUAGAGGAAAACCAGUUCUGCUGAAAGUUGCAGUGUUUUCCAGGUAACAGAGAGCUCUUUGGAAAUGAAAGCAAUAAAAAAAA